CGUGGCGAGUAUUUUGGUCAAAAUGCUCUUGAUCUCACACACGUAUUUGUUGGCGGAAUUGAUGUUUCCCCAAGUGCCCGCUGGUUUUCUUCACGUAAACUAUCCGUUAUUACUCCUCUCGGAACAGGAGAGCUGGAAAUUGUUGUAGUUACAAAGUCGGGUGGAUUAGGUACCUCAGAACUUACUUACAAUCAGCAUCUUCGCCAGAAAAUUGGCCCACAGGAGCAGGUCAGCUACUGGCCAGAGGAUGAACGGCGCAGGUGUCCGGCUAUUAUUGAAAGAGGAAGUGGGAUAGCGAAACAAGAAGGUGGGGGCGAUGUGGUCGAUUCUUCACUGGCUACAACCGGUUUACCUGCCUCAGAAAUUGCGCGUCUCGGCAUGCCACUCUCGGAUACCGCUCUCAUGAAAAUUUAUCCACGUAAGCUCUUAAUAUUUUUUUCCAUGAUAUUAGAAUUUGUUUUUUUUCUGUUAAUGAUCUCAAAUAGUAAAAAUAAUUCUAUUAUUAGGGUAGAAAGGAAAGUAUGCAUUUGA